ACGGGAAGCUGGAAUCUGACCCCGGGGCGGGCGCUGGGCCUGGUCGCCAUGGCAGCCGCGGAUUUAUUACUGGGGCCUCCACCCAGCUUGGCGGACUUUCGACUUGAAGCCGGGAGGAAGGGGACUGAGUGGGCAGUUGUGGGAGCCUCGAGCCCACAGGCGACAGCCUGAGGCCCCAGAAUGGCCAAGUUUCUUUCCCAGGACCAAAUUAAUGAGUACAAGGAAUGCUUCUCGCUGUAUGACAAGGAGCAGCGGGGGAAGAUAAAAGCCACUGACCUCAUGGUGGUGAUGAGGUGCCUGGGGGCCAGCCCGACACCAGGGGAGGUACAGCGGCACCUGCAGACCCACGGGAUCGACAGAGAUGGAGAGCUGGAUUUCUCCACUUUCCUGACCAUUACGCACACGCAAAUAAAACAAGAGGAUCCAAAGAAAGAAAUUCUUUUGGCCAUGCUGAUGACAGACAAGGAGAAGAAAGGCUACAUCAUGGCAUCUGAGCUACGGUCCAAACUCAUGAAACUGGGGGAGAAGCUCACCCACAAGGAAGUGGAUGAUCUUUUCAGGGAAGCAAAUAUCGAACCAAAUGGUAAAGUGAAGUAUGAUGAAUUUAUCCACAAGAUCACCAUUCCUGUGCGGGACUACUGAAUGAAGAGAAUGCGAGAGAGCCUCCCUUGGGCCUGAGAACUCAGACUGAGAAGUUUUUGAAAAGAAAAGGGGUCUUUCACCCUUGGGGGGGGGCGGAUGGUAAACGCAGCAGCAGGAUGACAUGACCUGACGGCAGCAGGGGGUAACUUGGCGGUGACACAAAAUGGUUUCAGCCUGGCAUUAGUAUGGCUUUAAUAAAAGAUUUGUAUUGAUUUUAACAAC